UCAUAACACAGAAUAGAUCCUGUUGCUAUUUCUUGAUUCUCUAAAGCCAGUUUGAAUUCAAAUCCCUAUUAGCAAUCCAAAAGAAAAAAUUUAGAAAACAGAAGAAGAAUAUGGCUGAGGAGAAGGGAACACAGAUUCCAAAAGUUAAACUUGGAACUCAAGGAUUUGAGGUCUCAAAAUUGGGGUUUGGAUGCAUGGGUCUCACUGGUGUCUACAACUCUCCUGUUUCUGAUGAGGAUGGAAUCUCAAUAAUAAUAGAUGCCUUCAAUAAAGGAAUCACUUUCUUUGACACAGCUGAUGUAUAUGGACCUCAUACAAAUGAAGUUCUUGUUGGGAAGGCAUUGAAGCAAUUGCCAAGAGAAAAAAUUCAAUUAGCCACAAAGUUUGGUAUUGCUGGAAUUAUGCAUCCUCCUAGUAUUAAAAUCACAGGUACUCCGGAAUAUGUCCGGUCUUGCUGUGAGGCAAGCUUGAAGCGUCUUGAUGUGGACUACAUUGAUCUGUAUUAUCAACAUCGGGUGGACACUACGGUGCCUAUAGAGGAAACUAUGGGUGAGCUGAAGAAACUUGUGGAAGAAGGAAAGAUAAAGUACAUUGGCUUAUCUGAAGCCAGUCCCGACACAAUAAGAAGGGCACACGCAGUUCAUCCCAUAACCGCUCUACAAAUGGAGUGGUCACUCUGGACUCGUGAUAUUGAGGAAGAGAUUAUUCCACUUUGCAGGGAGCUUGGCAUUGGAAUAGUUCCAUAUAGUCCUCUUGGUCGUGGGUUUUUCGGUGGCAAAGCAGUUGCUGAAAGUGUGCCUUCAAAUAGUUUUGUGUCAUCGCAUCCUCGGUUUGUAGGAGAGAACUUGCAGAAGAACAAGACUAUUUACAAUCGACUGGAAAACCUUGCUGAAAAGCACCAAUGCCUUACCGCUCAACUAGCAUUAGCAUGGGUUCUCCACCAAGGAGAUGAUGUUGUACCUAUCCCAGGGACAACAAAGAUAAAGAACCUGGAUGCAAAUAUUGGCUCCUUGAAGGUGAAACUUGGGGAGGAAGACGUGAAAGAAGUUUCUGGUGCUGUACCACUAGACCAAGUCGCCGGUGGUAGAACUUUUGGAAACCUGAUGCAUUUGCAAUGGAAAUUCGCCAACACUCCUCCAAAAGAAUCUAAGAUCUGAGCUUUAGACGUCUUAACACAAUAUAAGAGGGCUCUAAAUAUGAUGUGUAAUUUUGCUCUUUCAAUGUAUUCACAUUUUCCGCUCAAAAAGAAAAAGAAAAAAGAGAAAUCUAGAUACGAAUUUCUGGUG